AUGUUGUAGCGUCCAACGUUCAGCACUAAUGCCGUUUGCCAGUUUUAUGUAGGAAGAACUAGUGACACGUUUCUGAUGUAAAUAUGGAUCCAAACGAAGACACAUUCUUUCUACCAGUUGAUAACCCCACAGACACAGUUUCUGCAGAAGUAAAGUUUCUUGAUCUUUAUGAUGGCAAAGUAUUUUACACAAAAGGGUAUCGAAUUGGAAAGAGGGUUCGGCGAUUGGUUGUAAAAGACGAAGCGAGGUGGAUCAAAAUGCAAGCGAUAACAAUUAAUUGUCAAUUGUACAAGAUUUAUGGAUGGGUUAAACGUGAAGGUUUAGCCGCAGUAAAAUUGAGGGAUGAUAAUGGCGAGGUUCCUUUGAGAAAUGAAUACACUGGAGAAAUUUUAAAUCUUAUAAAAGAUACAGACACCCCAACUCCAAUUAAAAAUGGCUUCGUGCAACCGUUUUCAGUUGAUCUUCAUGAAAUUUACGAAGGAAGAUGUCCUGAUAGUCCACCGGUCUUCAAAUUGUCUAGGUCUGACCAACAACGAAAUCUGAACGUAUUCCAGUUAGUUGUACAACUCGAAUUCAUUGAUGGGUCAAGAAGCCAAAAAUUUACCAGCCCGAAAUUUAACUUGCGAAUUUUGACGGCGACAGAAACAAGCCAAAUCGAUAUCCAAACGCCGCAAGGUCCAGUACAAGUUAAGAGAGCGAAAUGUGAUGUUGAGAUUGAUAGUAGCGUAAACGGCCAAGGAUCUUCUGGGGAAUCGGUGGACAGUGGAGUGUUUGACGACGGUUUCGUAAGACACCAUCGACAGAUUUUGGUCGAAACGUUGGACGCAUGAAACAGCAGAUGUUGAUGCACUGGUAGCUACGGAUCUUAAGGUCAAUGCUAAACUUUGGAAUGAUCUCCCGCGUGAAGCUAAGGAAGCGCAAUCAAUAUACUCUUUCAAAUAUUUUGUAGCACGACUUAAUAGGUAGAUAAAAUCAACUGUGGGCCUCAUAUACCACCGGGUCACUCCAACUUAACCUCUUGUAUAAAGCUAUGUUUUUAUCUUAUCUCUUUCUUCUUUAUUUGUAAUUGUACUUUUCUCAUAGUUAUGACGCCCCUUGUGGAAAUCAACAAUUGCUGUUGACAAGGCUAGCGUCAAUAAAUAAAGCUUUACAUACAUACAUACAUACAUCCAUACAUACAAAAUUUAACGUCAAAACAGAAAGUGCUGAUCUGGCUUAUCACUGGACAUUAAAAUAUCCUGACAACUACUAUGACCUUAAAAAAGGCAAUAUUGUUGGGUUUUAUAAAAACUAAUCGGGUGAAACAUAUAUCGUGCGCUGUUAAGGCUAUUCAAUAUUUUUCUGCAUGUUUGACACGAUCAAAUUACUUAUAGGCUCCUGACGCAUGGUUUUCUUUGUUUCUCGUGUACAAUAUUAUCAUUGUUUAAAGUUUCAAAUUUCACAUUGAAUUAUAGUAAAGGACUUGUAAUAGUGAUAUUUACAACGCAUCAUGGGGCUGUUUUUGGGACGAACCUUUUGUUUACGUCGCAAAAGCAGUCCUUUAAUGCGUGGUCGGCUCACUAUCCCUUUUUUGUUGUAAUUCAACCUGAAAUUUAACAUUUGUACACUACAAUAGUACAACUUUGAACAUGUCCAAGAGGAGAAGAAAAAAAGCAGAUUAUUCAUUAUAUAUUAUGCAAUACAUACAUCGAAGUAAAAUGUCAAAGUUGGUGUCUGGGUGGUGUGAUUUGAAUAUAGACGAGUUUACAUCUGAAUUAUUUUUCUUUGGUGAAAGUGACUUUUUCAUGAGAUUUACGACAAAACGGAAACCAGGCAUUUUAGAAAGAUUAUCACUUUC